GUACUUGGUGUAGCUGCUAGUAUCAUCGCUGCUGGAUGGCUUUGCUUAUUUGUCUAUUACAACAGCUGUGGUCGACCAUAUACUACAUCUGCCGAGAAACCUCUCAUACAUACUAUUUUUUGAAAGACAAAUUCAUCCAAACUGUCGAAAAUGACAACGGAGGCAAGUACUUUGACGUUCAACCACGGGAUACUGAAAGUAACAAAAAGAAGAGUCUCAAAACGAUAUCCACCGAAAAUGAUCCAUCAAACAGAAUGCAAAGAACAGUGAAGGAUGCUUCAGUAAAAGGCGCUAUAUCGGAAGUCGCAGUAGUAACAACUUCAGGAAGCAUCAGUAUGCAAGAUGUCACAGCGAUGGAUUCUGAUCGGAAGCAAUUAGAUUAUCCAAUCGGCAUCAUAACUAGACCAAGAAGAAGAGAAGAUUUGAGUAUUCAUAAACUGGAGGCUCGGAGCGAUAUAUCAUUGCCUACAUUGAAGGAAAUUUGUGCAGAGGAAAAACCGCAUCCACAUCCAAUUCCACCAACAGCAUCCGGUAUUCUGGAAGUUAGAAGUCUUACUGAACAGAUGUAUCGCAAUCCAAUGAACUGUUUAUAA